UCAUUUUCUUUUAGCCUGUUUACUUUGGUUUCCGUGCGUGUUUUUAUUAUUUUUAAGCGUGAAAACUGCUGUCCUGCUGCACGGCGGAUGUCAACUGUCGACAUUAGCGCUGCUAGCAGUUAGCUUAGCAACGAGCGAAAUUGUUGCUAACAUGUAGGGAAAUGUGUGGUAGUUCGCAGGUUGCGCAAUUCUAACAAGCUAACGUUUAUUUUGGUCAUUUUAACUAACUAGUUAAACACAAAAAUAUGACUUGUUUCUCAAUAUAGCCAAGAAGGCUAAAUAAUUCGAAAGACGCUAAACGGUUAACCGAGGGACGUUAUAGUAAUCUGAAAUAUCAGAUUAGUUUUAGCUUCUGUCAGAGUCUACUAAUACGGUGUUUGUGCUCUGUAUACAGUCUGUGACAUUUAGUUAAAAGUUUCUAUAUUUUCAAUUAAUCUUUAGUAACUUUCCAGCCUGGACUUAAAGCCUUGGCAGCGCUUGACUUUCUGGUUGUGAUUUUUAAAGUGAGGGUGUGCAGUCCUUGCAAAAGAAGGGUAGGCACCGGGGGACCAUGAGUGAGAAUGGCCCUCAAACGGAGGCGUCCAUGUACUUUGAGGUGGCGGUGGAUCACCUGGAGCGAGAAGACGAAGAAGAAGAAGAUGACAAGAACCACUUUGACAAGGAUGGAGAUCUGAUUGCUGAACCUUCUUCCUCGUCCGGUCGAGUGUACGACCGCACCACGGUGCUGAUUGAGCGUGACCCCAUUCGACUGGAUGAGGAAGGAGAAGAGGAGGGUCACUGUGGUGGGGAUGAAGAUGGAGUCACCUUUCUGACAGAAGGGGAGGGGGAUGCUGAUGAGGAGGAGGGGCCUCUGGCCUUUAUGGCUGAUCCUGAUGGGAUGUUGCAGGGUUAUGUGCACCAUACAAUUUCUCCGGAUCAGAUCCAGUUCACGAUAAAUCCAGGCUCCACGCCAAUGCCACGUAACAUCGAGGGGGCUACACUCACGUUGCACUCGGAGUGUCCAGAGACCAAACAGAGAGAGGUAAAGCGCUAUCAGUGCACAUUUGAAGGCUGCACAAGGACGUACAGCACAGCAGGAAAUCUGCGUACGCACCAGAAGACGCACCGUGGCGAGUACACAUUUGUGUGUAAUCAACAAGGCUGCGGAAAGGCCUUUCUCACCUCAUAUAGUCUGAAAAUCCACGUUCGGGUUCACACCAAGGAGAAGCCUUUCGAGUGCGACGUGCAAGGCUGUGAAAAGGCCUUUAACACUCUAUACAGGCUAAAGGCACACCAGAGACUUCACACAGGCAAGACAUUCAACUGCGAAUCAGAGGGAUGCACAAAGUACUUUACCACACUCAGCGACUUGAGGAAGCACAUUCGCACUCACACUGGGGAGAAGCCAUUUCGUUGUGACCACGAUGGCUGUGGGAAGGCCUUUGCUGCUAGUCAUCAUCUCAAAACGCACGUGCGGACACACACGGGGGAGAAGCCGUUCAACUGUCCCAGCGACGGCUGUGAGAAGACGUUCAGCAGCCAGUACAGUCUGAAGAGUCACAUCCGAGGCCACGACAAGGAUCAGCCCUUCACCAUCACCCUCACCCAUCCACACUCCGAAGAUGCUAAUCACUCGCUGUGCCUCAGUGACCUGAGUCUCAUCUCGACCGACUCAGAGCUACGAGAGAACAUCCAUAACACUCAAAACUUGGACCUCAACAACGUGACCCCUGUGAAAAUCUUCGAACUCAUGUUCCAGAGUCCUGAAAAUAGCAUCAGCCAGGACGAUGCCCAUCCUAACCAGAGCCUUUCAGAAACCUUCAACUUGGAAACCUCCAGUCAGCCCGGAGUGACCGAUGCCUCGCCUGUCAUCUCUUUCUCUGUCAAUCCUACCUCCUCAUCCUCCCACAACGCUGCUGUCAUGGAGCCUUCAGCCGAGCACGGCGAGAACUCUUCCUCACAGGCUCCCACUUCUGCUCCUGUUACCGUUACCGCCAGCUCCACGCAGACUCCCCCUUUCAUACCGCUAAGUGGGUCUCAGCAGAUCUCAGAUGUGCCUCAGGCUCCUGUCCAAGCACCAAACCAUGUCAGCCAGCAGCACUAUGUGGCACUACCACCCCCAUUCCUGCAGUCAGAAAGUGCAACACAGAACACUCCUCUACCACCACCCAUCCCUGUUCAUCCAUCAGUGGCGCCUGCACCGACGCCCGCAGCACCGAACCCUGCUGCUCCUGCUGCAGUCAUCUCAACUGAUGGUGUAGCAGCAGUGGCACAGCCUGUGCCUUUGGCCAACAAUCCUGUCACUAACACCGGCCCUGGUCUGGCUACACCCCCUGCCACCGUCACCAUCGCAUCGACCCCAAACGUGCUGCAGCCUAGCUUGGUAAUGUCCGACCAGAACCUCCAGUGGAUCCUGAGCAGUGCAAACGGCCAGCAGAACUCCGAGCAAGCAAUGCACCAAGGAGCUCCAAAAGUAGAAAAGGUUUUUUUUACUACAGCCAUACCAGUUGGAGGGAAUGCUGGAAACUCCGUCCAGCAGAUCGGCCUCAGCCUUCCCGUCAUCAUCAUCAAACAGGAGGAAUCCUGCCAGUGCCAGUGUGCCUGCAGAGACUCCGCUAAAGACAAGAAAGCAACGAGUACCUCCGUUAUUUCAGCCCCAACACAGCAGCUACCUUCGGAGCCCCCUCCUGCACCCUCGUCCGAGCCCCCACAACAUCCGGCUGCUCCUUCAUCUUCCUCAUGCUGCCUCCCUAAGUCUUCCUCAAAGGUGGGUGAGGUGAGGCCAGAAACCCCCCCUCCUUCUUCCUCCUCCACCGCAGCUCAGCCGUUCUCUGCGAUAGUGAGCAGCUCCGCCUCCAACCUGCCCACGCCCGACGGGUUAGCCAGCAUGGACGUCUCGGACUUCCUCUCCAUACAGAGCCCCGAAACAGCCGCCAACAUCGAGGCGCUGCUGCUGGUUGCAGACGACUUCAACAUGGCGUCCGACGGCGAUCCUUAAAGUAAUAGCAACCACCUUCUGUUCAUGUUUCACUCACACCAUGCAUCACUCACCAAAGCGAUGCCUUUUCUCGCGACGUGCACAGGUCCCUCUCUUCCUGCAGUGCAUCCUGUCAAAUUCACAUAUAUAUGUAUGUGUAUAUAUAUAUAUAUAUAUAUAUAUAAAGGCACACACAUCGGAAAGAUCAGUAACUCUUGAGUCGAGUCUCAUCAGAGUAACGGUUUGUAGAAACAGGAUUUGUUAUCGUGAUGAGAUUUGGCAGCUUUAAUGCAAACGACUGCAGUGGAAAACAAGUCUGUAUAUAUUAAAUCUAUUCAUAUACAUUCUCAAUAACUGAGUGAAGCGAGUGUGUUGUCCAAGCACUGAUAUUGUAUGAUUUCCUGUCUUUGGGGUUAGGCACCAGAGCAGGAGAAACAAAAACAUGUCUGUAUAUCGUUGUACUGUAGAUAAGGGGGGGGGUACUAUGAAGCUGGUUAAACAUUAUUGGUUUAAGUUGGCUCAGCACAAACUUUGUUUUAAUCCAAACAUUGAUCUUAAUGACAGGUUUCAAUCCAUCAAAAGAAUCAGCGAACAAAACAGUUUAUUUGUAUAUCAAGUGGUUUAGACGGAGUUAGAAGUUGAGUGUUUGUUACCAUGGUGAUCUAGCCUGGUUAAAACGGCCUCCUACAUGAUGCUAACAACCUGUUUUCUACUCCAACUGAGCCUUUUAACUGGUUUCAUAGUGCAUGCCGCUAAUACCACAGCGUAUGUUGGAGAAAUCUGCUCUAAAUUCCCUUUUAGCUCCCAGAGGAAGUGUAACACGGUUGGCCACGCAAGCCCUCGUUCGGCUCUUCUGUAGUAGGAAAUUAUUUCUUUACCUUUAUUUUGGGGUUUUUCUGGAAGACUGAUUUAGUCAAAAAUGUGACGUUUUCUACCGGAGAAUUGAGAAAAGAACCUGUGUGUGUGCGUGUGCAUGUGUGUGUGUGUGUGUGUGUGUGUGUGUGUGUGUGUGUGUGUGUGUGUGUGUGUGUGUGUGUGUGUGUGUGUGUGUGUGUGUGUGUGUGUGUGUGUGUGUGUGUUGCCUUUAAUUUAAACUAACUUAAGUGUUCAUUUAUUUAAAUGUUUGAUUUUAUUGUUAUUCUUUUAGGAUAGCAGAAAAGUAAUAUAAUAAUUUAUUCCAGUCACUUGUAUUUUAAAGUUUUUUGUUUUUUGGGGGGGUUACUGCGUUUUUAUUUUUAAAUCAUUUGUUUGCAAGAUCCACAAGAGCAGUAAACGGCUACCGCCAACAUCCCAUAACCUUUAGGGUCAUGACCCACUCAGGAAUUCAUCAAGUCACUAAACUGAUCCCAGUCAUUUAUUCCCCCUCUCAGAAGGCCCUCAUUUGCAGUAGCCCUACGUUUUGCUGCACUCUCCCCUAGUUUUUGCACACUUACCCUGUAAAGAGUCGUCAGACCGUUUGAGGUGGGGCGCCACUGCAAGCCUUUUGUACACGACUGCUGUAAAGUAGCAUUUAAAGCUGGUGUCCAGGAGACGGUGUAAAUACAUUUUAGUGUAAACUUGUAGAUUUGAGGAUUUGUAUUUUUGUAUAGAAUUUUGAAUUACUAACUCAGAGUUUAGAGUUGAUAAAUCUCCCCCUGGUAUUCUCCCUUCUGUCAUGUUUGUGUAGAAGAGUCAGCGCUAUUGCUUUAUUACAGUUUUCUAAGCAGCUGGGCUCCUGUACAGUCCCAGUUGUAGGAAGGUUUAUUUAACACGUCGCUUCCUGGUCAGUGUAAUUUAGCAGUAUUGUUUCACAUGGGACACGAUGCAAUGACAGAGUAAAUUAUUUCCUGAAGCUUCUUGGCCUUACGACUUUCACCUUGACCGUCUCUCCCUCAGACAUCAGCGUGUCCGUUCGCAUUUUCACUCAUCUCCAGCAACAAAUAAAUCGGAGGCAGAAAGGCUUAAAUUUCCUUCUGAUUCGCCAGGUUUGGUUUGUUGUCCAGUUGAGGCGUUUGAAUCAAGAUGAGCGUACGACGCAGUCUGGAGCCACGCCUCCUUUUUAAAGAGCAAGUCACCCCCUACCAGAUUCUUACUCAACUCCCACUUCCUGUUUGAAAAAUGCAACAAAUGCUGUUGCCUAGCAGACCAAGAGGGCGGAGCCACUAACAAAUACACACACACACGACAUUGUGACAUAAUGUACCCUCUAACAUCAUAGUGUACCUCUUGGCCAAUAGCGAUGGCAGACCUAAAUUCAAAUGCUGUGCAGAGUUUUUACUUGACAACGGCACAACACUGACAGUUUUAGGCAGAAUAUUUAAAUUUUAACCAAGAAGAACUAAAAUGCUGAAUUAUUGAAUACAUUUGCCAACAGCACGAUCAGACACUCAACAGUUGAUCAGCAAAAAAAUGUAGAUUUGGAGUGACUUGCUCUUUAAAUGGUUUUUCUUGUGGCUUUGAGAUUGAGUUCUUCAGGCUUUCUGAAGAUUUGAGUUUUCCAGAUCAGUUCCAGUUCAGACCUGACCACUUGACACAUCUUCAUGGAGUUAAAAAGCAAACCUGUGGGCAUCUUACAAGUGCUAAAGACCUUAUAAAGCUUAUUAAAUUUGUUCACGUUUUCACCAAGUUAAACAUUCACCCAAUGCCUACAUUUUGACUUAUUUUUCAUUAAAAUCUGCACUUAAUAGUAAUCGUUGACUGAUUUUAUUUCAUGGAGGCAGCUAUUAAGCUUUUUUCUUUGCAACAUUUUACUUGUAACCAAGUGCCUGUAGAUCUAAUCGCUCACGUAGACAACACUGCAUCAUUCCUUGUGUUUGUGCCUUUUCUGCUCUUGAAUGCACCAUAGAUCAAUUAUUUCUCUUAAAAUGGCCAGGUACAAGAAAAUACGUAACCCGCAGCUGAAGAAUUCCUAUGAACCACCACCAGAAAGCCUGAAGAACUUAGACCACCUUUAAAAAGGUACUAGUUCUUAAAAGCAGAAGAAAUAGAUGGCUUAAGACUUUAGCGCAGUUUAAGGCUCCACGUUUCAAAACCUUCACUGCCGAAGCAGAAAUGUUGAUCAGUAAUAAAUUGGACUAUUUAAACACUCCAGAAUUUACUGUAAGCUGCAUCCUCAACACACUCAUAUGUAAUGUUGUAUACAUCUAUGCAAUUUAAAGUUCAACCCCAAGACCAGUUAUUCCCGCCUUUCCCUUUGAUCCAGACUCACACACUGAGCUCCGAUGAGUUUCCAGUCCAGAAUCCGAAGCUUUUUCAUACGUAGUCUUGUUUGAGGUAACAAACUGAAGUUGUGAGGAAGUAGUUUGCUAAUGGUUCGAAGAUUUUUUUUCUGGGUCAAAUGUACACAGAUUUUCCUCGUUCUAGACUUUGCAGGCAAGCGUGUUUAAUCGCAACUGACAUUAACGUUGCAGCCUAUCGCUUAAUUGUGGAUCAUUUGUCAACUUCUGUCUUCAAUGGAAGUGAAACUCUCUGCUGCCAGUAUUUAAUCAUUGGUCUUUAACUCGUGGUCCAAGUUGAACCCGAAAAUGGCAACGAUGGUAAAAUCACAGAUGGCAACAUUUCUUUGGAAGCAAAGAAAUACUUCCAAAGAAAUGUCAAACAUCUAAAAAGUGAGAAAAUGUUGAGGAUCUUUUUAAAAGAAUGUGUAAUGUGAAAUGUUUAUGCUUGUUUUGUACAAUGUGAUGAAUAACUUUAUGAAUUGAGAGCAAUAUAAUACCAAUAAAACAUUGUCACUAAA